AUGGAGAGCUCUGACUUUGCCGCCGGCAUGCGGAGUCAGGGUCUCAACUCGGCCGGCUCGACCAAGCGCAAACGGAGCACCUUGGACAGCAGUCCGGCUAGUCUCCUCGACCAGGAUCACGACCACGACCAUGACCAUGACGUCGACCACGACGAGAAUGCCUCUCCAGACACCAAGAGUCGCCGUCUGCCCGGCGUGAAGCGUGCUUGCAACGAGUGCCGCCAGCAAAAGUUACGAUGCGAUGUCGUCCAGGAACCAUUUCAAAGUUGCUCGCGGUGCAAUCGGCUCAAGCUCGAGUGCAAGAUCGAGUCCAAUUUCAAGCGGAUAGGCAAGCGCUCCAAGCACGCCGAGAUGGAGAGGGAGAUUGAGAGGUUACGCCGCGCUGUUCAGCUCGCCAAGAGCCAAGGCUUCGCUCUCGACGAUGACGACGACAUGGUACAUUCUGCCGUCCAUUCCGCCAUCCAGUCACAGCUCCAGUCGCCCGUUGUCACGAGCCAGUACACUCAUACCAGGCAUCCCUCAUUGAUGGGUUCCGAUGAAGCCGUGUCAUCACUCCUACACCUCAAGCGCGGCGGUUCCUACGCUCUUCCGCGCAUUGCCCGAGAACUCGACGACUUCAGGCUCACCGAGGACGAGGAGGGCCAGCUAUUCAGCCAAUUCUUUAACUAUUACCACCCAUUCCUCCCCUUUCUCAAUCCUGCCCAGACGCCGGAUCAGUAUUAUCAACAACACCCUCUUCUGUACUGGGCCAUCGUCGCCGUCGCCAGCAGACGCUUUGGUUCCGACCCUAACAUCCUCACCAAGCUCUCAAGCCCCUUGACAAGGCUGCUCUGGUCCACCGUCGGCGACGUUCCUCAAAGCUACUUUGUCGUCAAGGCGCUCUGUUUGCUCUGUACGUGGCCGCUCCCGACGAGCACCACGUCGGCCGACCCCACGCAUAUUCUCUGUGGCGUCAUGAUGAAAACGGCAACGGGAAUCGGCCUUCACCGACCCAACCACAUCAACGACUUCUCGCGAGUCGCCGUGGAGCUCAACAACGAGGGGCUGCACGACCGCAUCAAAACCUGGGCAGUAUGUAAUAUCGUCGCCCAAACAAUCGGAACGGGCUACGGCCAACCAGCCUCCACUUUAUACGACUGGACGUUGGCCAUACGGCCAGGUGUCGAGGGGCCAUACUCGCUUGGGCCCGAGCUGGAGGCCAGGCUGCUCAUAGAGCGCUUCUGCGAUAAGGUCUCAAAAGAGAUGUAUAGCAAUGCCAGUGACCCGAGGGGUGUGGCAGGGGACGAACAUCGAGCCAUGUUGAUGCGCGUAUAUCGACGCGAGUUCAACGAGCUCCAGGCUUCAAUUGUGGCACAGAACCUGUCGCCCAUCGUGUACCUCCACCUCAAGGCAGCCUGCCUUCAUCUACGCCUUGCCGGGUUCUUUGACUCGAGUCGCACGCCAGGAUACCUUGAUGAUCUGAUGGCCCUGUGGCGUGCCACCACCGGUUACCUCGAUUACAUCCUGGAUGGUCCGGAGACGUGCGAUGAUUCCUACCGAUACCAGCUACGGGAGGAUUAUAUGUUGAAGUACGCCACAAACUACAUACAGCAAAUGCUGGUCGCCGCUGGCUUCGCCUUGCUGAAGCUCAUGCGGUCCUUCUUUGUCAAGCAGGUCGACUUUGAGAGGGGCCGAACGCUCUUCCACAGGACCAUCCAGGCUAUCAGGACUACCAGCGUGGUGCAGAACGAUCUGAACUGGAGGCUUGCGGAGCUGAUGGUCCAGAUCUGGAACGGUGCUAGGAUCGAGGGAAGCUCGCCGUCAUUUCAGGGCGACGACCCAGAAAUUGACGACAGUUUGCAGCUGAAGGUCAGGUGCCGCCACAGCAUGAGUCUCGUCUUCGACUCGAUCUGGCACUGGAGGGAGGAGUACCAGGCCAGAGGCCGGGGAACGCUUGAUGCUCUGAAGCAACCCACGAAUCCCGAUUCGGCUAAUGAGUCUUCAGCCUCCUCAACUCAUCUGGACAGCACCCUCGCCCCGCCAUCACACAGUCUCCCUGCUAACCUCGGCCUGGCGGCGUCCAACGGUGCUCUGACGCCCAGCGGAGGCUCGGCGAUGGGAGGAGCCACCCAAGGCUCGUCACUCGUGGGAAUAAACGAUUACAACAGCAAUCUGGACUUCUGGGACCCUCAGCACUGGAUGUUGGACGGACUCCUCGACUUCAACUACACGUUCGUGCCCAUCGAGAGUGCUUAG